AGUUCUUACAUAUAGGCUACGCCGCAGGAGGUGACUCGUUUUGCUUAAACACCAUCAUGUCUAUCGCUCGACAACUUCUACACGAGAUCCGCCCUUUCUUUCGGAUGCUGGAGGAACCUUUUGGAAGGUCCGCUGUAGGAUCCAUGUACCAACAGCGGUCUCUUUUUGAUGACCCCUUCUUCCUGUCUCCUGCUGCCAUACGUCCUCCAGUUGACGUAACAGAGGAAGGAGACAAAUACAUUAUAGAAGCUGACCUUCCUGGUGUUAAAAAGGAGAACAUUGAUAUCAGGGUGGGUGAUGCUGGCCGUAGUGUCACCAUCCAAGGUAAAACCUCCUCUCGCCAAACCAAUGGAGAAUCAGACACUACCGCUGAAACAACUGGCAAGAACUCAGCUGAAGGAGCCGUGGCAAAGACUGAGACAGGCACGCAACUUGCCAUGGAGCGCCGAUAUCCGGGCAGCGCGACCUUUAUUCGCACCGUCUGGCUGCCUCGUCCCAUUGACAGCUCCAAAGUGUCUGCAAAGCUCCAGGAUGGCAUCCUCACCAUGAUCGUCUCAAAGGCUGAGGAUCAAGAGAGUAUCAAGGUUCCCAUCGAGUGAUUUUUUACAACUACUGAUUGGCAUUAGUAUGGCAGACGUUUAUUCUCACCUGCACAAUAUUGGCAUUUGGUGUUCCUACUACCUAUCUCACUUUUUCAAUGAUCUACCUUCGUCACUCAGCCCACACGAUUACCGUCUGGUGUUCGCUUGUAUACUUCGCCUU